AUGAGCAAAAACCAUUCUGAAUCAUCUUUCAGAGAUCGAAUUCAUCGCCUAUCUUCCAAGCUCAGUUCAAUCCAAACCUCCCUCGAAGGGGAUCGCACAUCUCGCUUAGAUUCAAUCGAUAAAAAGCUUCAAACAAUAGAAGAGCAACUUUUUGAAUCCCAAGAACAAAGCACCAAGAAAUUCGGCUCCUUAAAAGACAACCUCCUAAAAAUCCAAAAAGCCCUUGAUGAAGAACGGUCUACACGUGAAGCCUUUUUCGAAGUAAAAUCACGUGAACUAUCGGAAAUCCAGAACCGCAUGCAUGAAAUUAUUGUAAAAGCUGGAAACUCACGAAAAGAGAAUGAAAUUCGCUCCCAAAGACUUAUUGACGAAAGAAUAGAGAGCAUCAAAAAUGAACUUUUAAGAGAAAUUCGUCAGCGUGAAGAAGCAGAAAGAGAAGCGAAAUUAUAUUUUAGUAAGGAUCUGCCGAAACUUUAUGAAUUUGUGGAGAAUUCAGUGAGGGAAAGAGAAGAAUUAGAAGCAAAUUUGAUGAAAAAAAUGCAAAUUGAUUUAGGGGAACUAAAUAAUACACUAGGCAUGGAAAGAAAAGCUAGAGAGGAAACAGAGGAAGCCCUACUCGCAAUGGUUAGAGAUGUGGUGUCGAGGAUAAAAGCAGAGCUUGAUCAAGAAAGGAAAGACAGAGAGACUUCAGAAGAGACGUUGUUAUCACUGCUAGAAGAAACAUGCUCAAAGCUGAAUGCUGUUAGCAAAUAUGCUUAA